AUGUACCACUUUUUCCUUUUGCAGCAGAACAAUAGCAUAAACUUCAACAGUAAGCCAUGGUCAUCUUCCUUAGCAUUGAACCAAAGAACAACAAGCAUAGGGGAUUCAAAACGGUACACGAACUCAACAAUAUGCAUGUCGGUUCAGCAAACAAGUAGCUCCAAGGUCUCUGUCUCUCCUAUAGAGUUGGAAGACCCUAAAGAUCCUCCAUUGCACUUGUACAAACCCAAGGAAGCUUACACAGCCAAGAUCGUCUCCGUGGAGCGAGUCGUUGGCGCAAACGCCCCAGGAGAAACUUGCCACAUCGUCAUCUAUCAUGACGGUAACCUUCCUUACUGGGAAGGACAGAGCUACGGUGUGAUCCCUCCAGGUGAGAAUCCGAAGAAACCAGGAGCCCCACAUAAUGUGCGCCUUUACUCCAUUGCAUCAACGAGCGUCUGCAGCAACUUCCUAUGUGAUUCAAAGCCCGGAGACAAGAUUCAAAUCUCUGGUCCAUCGGGGAAGGUAAUGCUAUUACCAGAGGAUGAUCCAAACGCGACGCACAUAAUGAUAGCCACGGGAACAGGAGUGGCUCCUUACAGAGGCUACUUACGUCGAAUGUUCAUGGAAAACGUACCAAACUACAAAUUUGGCGGCUUAGCUUGGCUCUUCUUAGGUGUGGCCAACACGGAUAGUCUUCUCUUCUCUAGGACGAUGAGUUUAGCAAGUACUUAA